AUGCGCUGUGUGAGGAGGAACUUUUGCUUAUUAGUUUUAAACUAAUAAGAAGGUGUACAAGCCUCCUUCUCUCCACACCGCAGCCCUCCAGUGCAAUAUUACAACCCCACUAUGACCCAUGGGAUGUUCCUCCAUGGUAUGGACACCACUGGAUGCCAUCUCCAGUACCGCAUCCUGCACAAUGGCCAUAUUGGAGCCCCUGGGGUUCAUACAGGAGACACCAUAGUGUGCUCCAGAGCCCCCACAAACAGGCUAGCUCUGUCACACCACACACAACUUGGUCGGUGCAAUAAUCAGACUCUCGAGUGCCUCAACCAAUGGAGGAGUCACCUCCUGAUACAUCCCCUCUGCCCCACCGCCAAUUCAUUGUCUUCACCGGACAAGGCCGUGAUACCACCUCCAUCUUCAGUCGCGGAUGAGGUCGAGCAUUUUAAUGAGCUCUCCAAGAGAUUUGCAUCUACGUUUAAAAUUGCUAUGGAGAAGGUUUCCGAACCCCACCAUGAGCUCACGGAUAUACUUAAGCUUCUCCAUAUUCCAAAAUUGCCCUCCCUAUCAAUCCUGCCAUUUUGGAUCUGGCCAACACAAUCUGGCAGACUCCCGCGUCUGGACAAUUGAUUAUUGCUGUGACAAUAGCAGCAUUUUACAGGAACGAUGUCAGACAUUCAGUGAUGGUAUCACAUCCAUGUAUGCUUCAAGCAUCAUACAUGACUGAACUACGUGAAGCUAUGACUGUUUUAUGUUCUAGGUUUGCAGAACACAAGAAGAAAAAAUUAAGUUCAAGCACAUAAUAUGCAUGUGACUGGUUAAAAUCAAAUUUGGAUCCAAUCUCAUCAAAAUGAUGGAUCUAGAAUAAAUUACCCUUUUGGGGAAAAAAUGUGACUGGUUUUGAAGCAAAGAUUAACAAAGCCCUGAGACUACUUUUGCCCAGAGGAGGCUACAGAGGAGAGAUUUUCCUCUUAAAUUAUACUAAAAUUGAGUCUUAAGGUGUUACCCCACAAAAUUCUCUGUCACUCACACAGCUUAGGAACAUCCACCUUUAUUUAGUUCCUACAGCUGAAGGGACACUCUUUGCAGGUUUCCAAAGGCCUUUUACCAGUGAAAGAGCCUUACACAAUAAUAUCCUUCUCUUCUGUUUAUUAACAAUUGCCAAGCAGAAAACACAUGCUAAACAUAUAGUUCUAUGCUUGCCAGUCCUUAUCAGGCAGGCAGACUAUCCCUGUUAGUUAGGCAAGGUCAGUCUGUCUGGAUUCUGGUUGCUGUAGGUUUUGGUUGUGCAGGGGAUUCUUAGCAGCUGCGAUCUUAGGAGGUGUCUUAGAGAUGAGUCAUUCUUCUCCUUCUGCUUCUUCUCCUUCCCCCCAGUUUAUUUACUGAAACUUAAAUCCUGCUUGACUAUACCACUCACCUUACUAACAUUUUACUGAGCAAUGUAACAAAAUUCUCUAUUUAUACCCUACCACCUUAAUUUAUGCAUAGCAAAUUCAAGUAUGUAACAGACAGAAACAAAGAACCAGAGGUCAAACAAACAAUAAAGAAGUGGGGACUGUAAAGAUGAAACAAUAAAGAAAUCAGGAUGUUACAACGACAAGUGGUUUCUUGCCUGGCAGUUUGAUAGCAUUCUAAGUUUUCUUGAAGCGUCUUAAUAUCUGUUUCUUUAUCUGGUGGUAGUGGAUGCUAUUAUGACAGGAUCUCUCUAACCCAACAUUACAUUGUUAUAAUGUAAUUUAGCUGUAAUUUAGCUGUAAUGUGAGGCUGUGACUUCCUGCUUCUUAGCUAAUUGCUGCUUCUUUCAUAUGGCUGCAGAAAAAGGUCUCAGAUGUUACAAUAUGCCUACAAAAAAAGGCCGUACCUUUAUCGAGGUAGUGAAGACUUUAAUGCUUGAGUUAAUGGCAUUGAAUGUACAGGAUGGGCAGAUGCAACAGCACAAGUCACCUUGGCUAAGGAAAGAGGACAAGAUUUCCUGGCAAAAGUCUAAAUAUUUUAGCUUUGGUUAAUUUUCUGUGACGGAGCUCCUGGCUAAAGUUCUCUUUGAGUGGGAGGAUUUUAAAGGGGAUGUUGUUAUAGUCAUGGUGUUUGUUCUGAAUUGGGAAUUGUCCUCCCCACACAUCUAGAAGGAUUAUCAAAAUCAGAUGGGCCAUGAAGGAACAUUGCAGAACAAAGGACUAGUUAAUGGCCCUAUCACUCAUGGAAAUGCUAUGUGCAAGGAAGCUCAUCAACUGGACUUGGAAGCUGAACAAAAGCAAAGUCACAGGAAAAUUUUCCAUCUCUUUGUUGUUUGAUCUCUGACUGGGCAAGAGAGACCAAAUUAAAACCAUAGAGAUCCUUCCGGCUGCCUCUUGGAUCUGCCCUGAAAAAUAACUACAGUUCAGUCACUCUUAGGCUCUAGAUGGUAACUUCUUUGUGUGUAUAUAUUUGUUUGCUUUAACCUGUAAAUAACUCUCAUUUCUUUAUUUUUAGUUGCUAAAUCUUUAGACAGUUUAUUACAGAAUUGGCUAUACAUGUUGUCUUUGGUAUAAGAUUUUGGAAACCAGCUGAUCUACGGUAACUGGUCUCUUGGGACUGGAAGCAAUCUAAAUAAUGCAUGACUUCUGUUGUGUAUGACCAUUCAAUCAUAGAAGAUUAGGGUUGGUUGGAGAUAGUGCAACCCUCUGCUCAAAGCAGGACUAUCUCUAACUAAAUUAUCCCAGCCAGGACUUUUUCAAGCUGGCCCUUAAAAACCUCUAAGGGUACUCCAGGUACUUGGUGACUGGCAGUCCAGGUAGCUCCAGCUCUCACUCGGUAUUGGGCUCUCUCAGCAGGGCCUGUGGAGAGCAGCCUGUGUCUGGCUCCUUUCCUGGCUUACCUGCAACUGAGCUAGGGGUCUGACCUCUUACACCUUCUGCUUUACCUUCCAAUUCCAGGGGAGGGGCAAGCUUGGCCUGGCUCUGCCCACCUGGGCAAAGAGAGAGUGGUUCCUCAUCCCGUGGCUCGGAGAGAGGCCACACCACCUCACAUCACCCACCAUUUCUAGUAGCUCCUGUGUGUCAGCACCUUCUAGCUGUGCCUCUGUUCCCCUCACCCAGACCAGAAAAGAGAGAAACCAGACCUCUUACCGCUCUGAGUCUUGCGUGUUCCCAACAGAGAUCUGGCCCACAUCCAUCCUAACUGGUGUUUGCACAUGCUCAGCAGUUUUGUACCACAGCAACAUCCAUCUGUGCCUGUUUCCCUAUUUCCAGUGGAACGCUGGCCCAUAGCUUUCCUAGCUGUCUGAAGGCUCACCACUCAUAUUUUUUACAGAUCACACACACACUGAUGUAUAGAGGUGCUUGGUGCCAUAUUUACACAGGGAAGCUUCUCACUCAAUAGAUAAAGGACUUGCCAAACAAAAGGUAUCUUGCUAGAAGUUCAGGCAAGGCUGCUUCUUUUCAUGGUUGUAGUGGGUAAUAAAAGCCUUGUAUGGUUAAUAUGAGAAUGAACAACUGAAUACCUACCUUUGAUCAGUUGGUGUAAGAAAUAUAUCUGCAUCCUAAUAGAACUAGUCUAAGGCCAUGCUUCUUUGCAAUAUUUUGCCAUUUAGUUGAAGGCAUUUAUUAUGCAAAAACAUAGGAGCACUUUGUCCCCUUUUCAUUCUUAUUGUACUUUGACUGGUCUCUCAGGUUUAUUUAUAAACCACAGGCUAAUUACCUUACUUCCCGUUUCACUGAACAAAGGUAUGUUGCCACCUCUCCUACCUUCAGCAAGGCUUCUCAUAAGGACAGGACGUUCUGAAUAAAAAUGGUUGAAGAGGAAAGUAAGAGCUUCUCUGUUGAGCUGAGUGAGAAAGGAGCUAGAGAAAACAAAGGAUUUGUUCAAGAUGAGAUGCUUAAUGCAAAGGAAUGCAAUGCCAGCAGCCAAGAGGAGAUACCAGAAACAUGCGCGGUUGCUAUCAAUGCAGCAACCGUGGAGAACCAGGACUGUGAAGGUAAGGAAGUGUUGCUUAAAUUCUCUGGUCAGGCACGGUACAGAGUCACCAGAGAGAUCCUCUUCUGGCUCAUAAUUGCAUCUAUACCAGUGCUUGUGGGUGCUACAAUUGCAAUUAUUGCUGUGUCACCUAAGUGUCUGGGGUGGUGGCAAGCCAGUCCCAUUUAUCAGAUCUACCCACGAUCAUUUAAGGACAGCAACAAGGAUGGAAAUGGUGACCUGAAAGGUAUCCAAGAAAAACUGGAUCAUAUUGUAUAUUUAAAUAUAAAAACAAUCUGGAUUACUUCUGUUUAUAAAUCACCCCUGAAAGACUUUGGGUAUGGAGUUGAAGACUUCCAGGAUGUUGAUUCUAUGUUUGGAACGAUGAAGGAUUUUGAAAACCUGGUUGCAGCUAUACAUGACAAAGGUUUAAAGGUGAUAAUGGAUUUAAUACCAAACCACACAAGUGACCAACACCGUUGGUUUCAGCUGAGUCGCAAUCGGACUGGGAAGUAUGCGGAUUACUACAUUUGGCAUGAUUGUCCAUACACUGGUGGGACAAUCACUCCUCCCAACAACUGGGUGAGUGUGUAUGGGAAUUCCAGUUGGCAAUACGAUGAGGUGAGAAAACAAUGUUAUUUUCACCAGUUUUGGAAAGAACAACCAGAUUUAAACCUCCGCAACUCUGCUGUGCAAGAAGAAAUCCAUAAUAUUAUCAAAUUUUGGCUUGGGAAAGGCAUUGAUGGAUUUAGUAUCAGGGCUGUUAAAUUUCUUCUAGAAGCAACACACCUGAGAAAUGAACCUCAAGUGGAUAAAUCCCAAAAUCCGGAGAGUAUCUCAGUAUAUUCUGAGCUGUAUCAUGAUUACACUACCACCCAAGUCGGCAUGCAUGACAUCAUCCGCAGUUUCCGGCAGACCAUGGAUAAAUUCAGCAUUGAGCCCGGCCAAUACAGGUUUAUGGGAACAGAAGCCAAUAAUCUGCAAAAUGUUGAAGCAACCAUGAUGUAUUAUGGAACGUCUUUUAUCCAAGAAUCAAAUUUCCCCUUCAACUUCUAUCUAAUUAACAUGGAAAACCUCUCAGGAAAUAGUAUUUUUGAAAUUGUAUCUUUGUGGAUGAAGAAUAUGCCCAAAGGAAAAUGGCCUAACUGGGCGGUUGGAGACCCUAACACUGUUCGAAUUACAUCUCGGUUUGGAAAAGAAUACACAAAUGUCAUAAACAUGCUCCUUUUAACCCUUCCUGGGACACCUACAACUUAUUAUGGUGAAGAAAUAGGAAUGGAAAAUACCGCAUCUGAAAAUGCAACCUUUCCAGAGAAAUCACCCAUGCAGUGGAAUGGCAAUCUUCACGCCGGCUUCAGUGAGGGCAACAUAAGCUGGUUACCUGUGAAUCCAGACUACUAUAAUUUAAAUGUUGAAGCUCAAAAGACUCAACGUAACUCAACACUGAAUCUGUAUCGAGAGCUUAAUUUACUUCGCAACAAUGAGCUGCCCAUUCAUAGGGGAUGGAUGUGCUACAUUUGGAAUGACAGCAAUGUUUUUGUAUAUCUGAGGGAAUUAGAUGGAUUAGACACAGUCUUUAUGAUGGUUCUCAAUUUUGGACAGGCAUCAAUCACAGACCUGAAAGCUGUAGUUUCUGAGAUUCCAUCUGAAGCUACCAUAAGACUAAGUACUGAUUUUAGCAAUAUUGGUAAGGUUGUAAAUACCAAAACAAUUAAAACUGAAAAGGGGGAAGGAAUUGUCCUGGAGUAUAAAACAAGGAAGCAGAUUCAUACUAUGGUAGCUUUCCAAGCCCAGUGUUUCGUGUCUGAAAAGGCAUGUUAUUCUAGUGCCUUGAAUAUACUCUACAUGCAUUGUUAAGAGCUAGGGCAUGCAUAUAAAACAAAAUUUCUUACCUUUAAGGCAAGAAGUGUUGACUUGUAGCAAUGGCUUUUUAAAUUUGCUGGCUUGUGUAUUGAGUGACCAGUAGUCCAUAAAACAAUCUGUUUUAAUUA